AACUUAUUAAGCGGCAUACAGUGUGUAGUGACAGUUCAUCAACUACAAACGUGUAUCAUCGCAUUGGGACGAAACCCAAUACACCUGUUACAAAUACGAUAUGUAACCAUGGUUAAUAUUAUCUAAUCCUUCCAUUAUUGGAUUGACCGUACGUAUAUAUAUGUUUCUGAAUGGACAGAAGUGGUGACUUCAGGCGACGAUACGGUUCAAACAUGUUUUUGCUGCUGUUGUUGGUUUUUGGGGGCAACGGAUGGGCCGCUGAUAUCACUGUUACCAACAGUUGGAAUGGCGGUUUCCAAGGUUACUUCAAGCUCAACCCCUCCCAGGCUCUCCAUGGUUGGAAGGUCCAUCUAGUAUUCGACAAGCCUAUUGAUAACAUCGAGAUCUGGAGAGCGGAGGUAGAGUCCCACACGCCGACGGAAUGGGUGGUGCACAACAUGAAUUUUGACGCCGACAUCAACCCCGGCGCCGACUUUCAAGUGGACUUUGUUGCACGCGCGGCUGGGGACCAAGCGGCGCACGGAACAUUCUUCAUUGAAGGUGACGGCGAUGCCGGUAGCGGAAGUGGUAGUGGAACCGGCGGCGCUGCAACACAACCACCUAGCAGCGGCGGUGGAAAUCCCAUUACUGGAGGCCCUGCCGCGACCGGAGGAUCAGCCAUGAAAUAUAACUACGGCGAUGCGCUCGGUCUGUCUAUUCUGUUCUUCGACGCCCAGCGAUCCGGCCGCCUGCCUCCCAACAACCCGAUUCCAUGGCGUGGAGACAGCGCCGUCAACGACGGUGACAGUGGGCACGAUCUCAGUGGUGGCUGGUAUGACGCUGGGGACCACGUGAAGUUCAACCUUCCUAUGUCUUUCUCCUCGUGGGUCUUGAACUACGGCUUCCUCAAGUUCACGGACGCUUACACUUCCGCUGGGCAGAAGGACAUGAUGUGCGACAUGGUGAAAUGGCCGCUGGAGUACUUCAAGAAAUGCUGGAUCCCGGACCAACAGACGCUGUAUGUGCAGGUUGGUGACGGCUACGCAGACCAUGGGUUCUGGGGACGCCCUGAGAACAUGCACAUGGGAAGACCUGCAUACAAGGUCAACACCGGCUGCCAUGGUUCCGACGUCGCCGGUAAUACUGUAGCAGCCAUGGCCUCCGGAUACCUGAUAUUCAAGGACAUUUGUGGCGACGCAGCUUUUGCCGACAGUCUUCUCGCAGCGGCCAAGAGUUUGUACACGUUUGCGAAGAACAACCGAGGCAAGUACACCGACUGUGUCACUCAGGCCAGGGAUUUCUACGGGUCAUCGGGCGAUGCGGACGAGCUCAGCGCCGCCGCCAUAUGGCUGCACAAAUCCACGGGAGACAACGGGUAUCUACAGGAUGCCAAGUCUUUCUACCCUGCCGGAACUGCCUGGGGCUUCAACUGGAAUGACGCAAACGUUGGCGCAGCACUCUUACUUCACGAAGUAACCAAGGAGGGCAAAUACAAGAACGACAUUGAUGCUUUCAUACGCCAGUAUAUGCCCGGUGGUAGCGUUCCAAUGACACCAUGUGGUUUGUCCUUCAGAGACAAAUGGGGCCCCAACAGACAUGCUGCUAAUGCUGCGUUUGCUGCCGUCGUAGCGGCUGCUGACGGACUGAGUCCCGACGAGUACAAGAAGUACGCAAUGAGCCAGAUCAACUACAUCCUUGGCGACAACAAGCUCCACAUCAGUUACGAGAUCGGCUUCGGUAACCGCUACCCCAAAAAACCUCACCACAGAGGAAGCUCUUGUCCGACCAACACCAACAGCUGCGACCCAGGCAGUUGGGCUGAUAAUCCAAACGUUCUGAAAGGAGGUCUUGUCGGCGGCCCUGACCAGGGAGACAACUACGAUGACAGACGAGACGACUACGUCAAGAACGAGGUCGCCUGCGAUUACAACGCUGGUUUCCAGGGCGCACUUGCUGGGCUGUACCAUUUCUCAGUCAACAACGCACUGCCGCCAGCACCGGCAGCGAAAUGCUAAAUGUGAAUCGAAUGCAACCAUACGAAUAAAAAUGUGUGUGUGUGUGAAA